UCGCGCACACACAACAGUUUCGGCCGCCGUCUAGCCAACAUAACCUGCUUGUGCAGCCGUCGCUGCCUCCGCCGACGACGACGACACUGUUAUCCGUUACGACCACGACGAUUGACCACUAUUCUUAAAAGUGCGAUCGCGUACGGUGUUUUGUUAUUUUUGCGCAACCCGCUUUAUAUUUUUUAUGUUCGUUUACCGGUAAAAGCCGCCGUCUCGCGCCCGUCGUGUGAUACGUUUUUACUAGAUAUCACACACACGCACGUCAUAUAUACAGAUAUUAUAUAUAUAUAUAAUAUUCGUAUCGGUAAUAUUAUUCGCCGACUGGAUCCGAUUCGAUGCUUUAUGAGUUAGUGCGUGCCAUUCGACGACGAUAUCAUUGCCGUAUGCGCCAACGUGAAUUCCGUGGAUUAUUUUAGAGCUCAUCGAUUCGAGCACAUACCUUUCCGUAACAAAACACUGUGCGCGUGGUUAUUAUCACCGUCGGCUCGCCACACGGACGCUGUCGAUUACACCGUUAUUGUAAUACCGAAUUGUCGCUGACGACGCUACCGCAGCAGCAGUUACCGUCGUGCUCGUAAACUAGAUUCCCUUCCCCUUUCAUUGUCCGGUAUGAUUUGGACGUUUUAAACACUCUUGUGAAACUCAAACAGUCAAAACGCAAGGAUUAAAUAAACGUGUUGGUAGUCCAGUAAUGGACAAACGGAAAAUGAUUACAAAAAGAACACGAAUUGAUACAACUAUACGAGGAACUGGGUCUGGUGCUGGACCAAUCACUAAUGGACCUAUACAAACAAGGCCAUUGGUUGCCUUAUUGGAUGGCAGAGACUGUUCGAUAGAAAUGCCUAUACUUAAAGAUGUAGCUACAGUUGCAUUUUGUGAUGCCCAAUCUACUUCAGAAAUUCAUGAAAAGGUUUUAAAUGAAGCUGUUGGGGCCUUAAUGUGGCAUACCAUUGUUCUAACAAAAGAAGAUUUAGAAAAAUUUAAAACACUCAGAAUUAUUGUACGAAUAGGAAGUGGAGUGGAUAAUAUUGAUGUUAAGGCUGCUGGUGAAUUAGGUAUAGCAGUGUGUAAUGUGCCAGGCUAUGGAGUAGAAGAAGUAGCUGACACAACUUUGUGUUUGAUAUUAAAUCUUUAUCGUAGAACCUAUUGGUUAGCUCAAAUGGUUAGAGAGGGGAAAAAGUUUACUGGCCCUGAACAAGUACGAGAAGCUGCUCAAGGAUGUGCACGUAUUCGAGGGGAUACUUUAGGAAUUGUUGGCUUGGGUCGUAUUGGCUCAGCAGUUGCAUUAAGAGCAAAAGCAUUUGGCUUUAAUGUAAUUUUUUAUGAUCCUUACUUACCAGAUGGAAUUGAAAAAUCUUUAGGCUUGACUCGAGUUUAUACACUACAGGAUUUAUUGUUCCAAUCUGAUUGUGUAUCGUUGCAUUGUACUUUGAACGAACAUAAUCAUCACCUUAUUAACGAGUUUACCAUUAAACAAAUGAGGCCAGGGGCUUUCCUUGUAAACACUGCUCGAGGUGGAUUAGUUGAUGAUGAUGCUCUUGCAACAGCAUUGAAACAAGGACGUAUUAGAGCAGCAGCCUUAGAUGUUCAUGAAAAUGAACCUUUCAAUGUACUCCAAGGACCAUUAAAAGAUUCUCCAAAUUUACUGUGCACUCCACAUGCUGCAUUUUAUUCAGAUGCUAGUUGUACAGAACUAAGAGAAAUGGCUGCUAGUGAAAUUCGUAGAGCAAUUGUAGGUAGAAUACCUGAAUGUCUUCGUAAUUGCGUUAACAAAGAGUAUUUUCCUGCCCCAACUACCUAUCCACAUCAAGCAGCAAUGGCAAGUGCAACUUCAGCAGCUGCUGUAGCUGCAGCAGCUGCCGCUGCUGCUAAUCCUGAUGCUAUGAAUGGAGGGUAUUAUGCCGGUGCUGGCACUGGUACUUUACCAGUACAACAAGCACAUUCUACUACUGCACAUGAUAAUGUGCCAGGCUCUGGUUCAGCACCACCACCUCCCUCGCAAGCGCCACCAAGCUCUCAAUCAGCUCCACCUGCAUCAGUUCUACCACAUUCAUUAUUUGUUAACACCCAGCUUCCAUACACUUCUGGACAAAACGACCGUGACAGUACAAAUAAUGUGAGCCAGAGUAGUCCGUCCCUGACAUAUAGGCCUAUUGUUUGAAAGGCACUUAUAUUGCUCUACUCUUAAGUUUUGCAAAAUUUAAUUUUAAUUGAAAGCAAAAACCAUUUUAUCAUUAGAACAAUUGUCGUGUUCUAGUAGACAGUUUUUAUAUUAUUUUCUUUAUUUUAAAAUAAUAUUGAGCAACCUAAAACAAACUAUAUGUUAUGGUUUAGAAUUUUGCAACAAAUAAUUGGACGCCUUGAGUUUGAAAAUACUCCAAUAGUAUGAAUUAAAUAUAGAAUUUUACAAUAA